UACCUAGACAAACUUAAAAUUGUCAAAUAAACUUAGCCAAGCACAGAGAAAGUGCAACAGUUAAAUUCUGGGCAGAACAGGGGGGAGUUGAGAGAUAACAUUUAGCUAAAGUGGAAGUAUAAACUGCAUAACUCUCCUGCUCCUCAUCACUCUACACACAGCUACACUCAGUCCACCUUCUGUCAAGAGGGGAAACACUCCCAGAAAUGUCCACCUCCAGCAAUGUCUUGUCUGAAGAGCAGUUCCUGUGCUCCAUCUGUCUGGAUGUGUUCACUGAGCCAGUCUCUAUUCCAUGUGGACACAACUUCUGCAAGGCCUGUAUCAGCGGAUACUGGAACAGCACUGCCCUGUGCCAGUGUCCACUGUGUAAGGAGACAUUCAACAGAAGACCUGAACCAAAAACCAACACAACACUCAGAGAUGUUGCAGAUCAUUUUAAGAGGAUGAAGGUCACAGAUGGAGAGGAGUCAUCUUCCAAUCCUGGAGAAGUAGCACAAGUGCAGCAGAUGAUCCAGGAGCGACUGCAGAAGGUUAAGGCGAUCAAAUACUCAGUAGAGCUCAGCCAGAGAGAAGCAGAGAAAGAGAUAGCAGAAAGUGUGGAGGUCUUCACUGCUCUGGUGCGCUCCAUUGAGAGAAGUCAGGCAGAGCUCAUUGAAGUGGUUGAGGAGAAGCAGAAAGCAGCUGAGAGGCAGGCUGAAGGGCUCAAUGAAGAGCUGGAGCAGGAAAUCACUGAGCUGGACCACCUCCACUCAUCAAGGACUG